UUGACCAGUCUCUGGAUGAUCGUGGUGGUCCUUGCGUCAGUCUUCACCAAUGGGCUGGUGCUGGUCGCUACCUGGAAGUACAAAAGGCUCCGUCACCCCUUAAACUGGAUCCUGGUCAACAUGGCGGUUGCAGACUUGGGGGAGACCCUCUUCGCCAGCACUGUCAGCGUCUGUAACCAAAUCUACGGCUACUUCAUCCUGGGUCACCCCCUCUGCGUCUUCGAGGGCUUCAUCGUCUCCAUCUGCGGUAUAACAGCUCUCUGGUCGCUGACCAUCAUUGCCUGGGAGCGCUGGGUGGUGGUCUGCAAACCCUUUGGCAACGUGAAAUUUGACAGCAAGUGGGCAUCCUUUGGCAUCGUCUUCUCCUGGGCGUGGUCCAUCGCCUGGUGCCUGCCCCCGAUCUUCGGCUGGUCCAGGUACUGGCCGUACGGACUGAAGACCUCGUGUGGGCCUGACGUUUUCAGUGGGCGUGAGGACCCUGGCGUGACAUCCUACAUGGUCACACUGACAGUCACGUGUGCCGUGUUCCCGCUCAGCAUCAUCAUCAUCUGUUAUUUGCAAGUCUGGAUGGCCAUUCGGGCAGUUGCUCAGCAGCAGACUGAGUCUGAAACCACGCAGAAAGCUGAGAAGGAAGUCUCUCGGAUGGUGGUGUUAAUGAUCGCUGCCUUCUGUCUCUGUUGGGGUCCGUACGCCUUUUUUGCCGUUUUCGCUGCGUUAAACCCCAACUACGCUUUCCACCCUCUCAUGGCGGCGGUGCCGUCGUAUUUUGCAAAGAGUUCGACCAUUUAUAACCCCAUUAUCUACGUCUUCAUGAACAGGCAGUUCCGAAACUGUAUCCUUCAUCUCUUCGGGCGGCAGGUGGAAGAUGGCUCCGAAUUAUCCUCCACCUCCAAAACCGAGGUGUCUUCCGUCUCAAACUCCUCGGUCUCUCCGGCCUGAGGAGCUUCGGAUUAUCCAGGAACGGCUGGGAUCUCGGGAAGGGCUGGCCCCCCUCUCUUCCCCCCCCCCCCCGCCCUCCUCCAUUCCUGCCUCCGGUUAGUCCCAGCAUGCACCUCUCCCAUAUCUUGGCCGUUUUCCCAUGGGCCAGUUGGACAGAAGGGGGAAGGAGU